CAUGGGAGCUGCUUGAGAGGAGACCCGGAGUAGACAGGGGGGAGCGCACGGCGAAGAAGAACAUGGGUGCUCCGCUUGGAGCCGCGCUGUUGCUCUGCUGCUGCUGCUGCUUGGUGUCCGGUCAGGCGGCCCCUUUAUUGCUUUUCGCCAACCGUCGGGAUGUCAGAUUGGUUGAUGCAGGAGGAUCAAAGCUGGAGUCUACUGUUGUGGUAAGCGGCUUGGAGGAUGCUGCUGCUGUGGACUUCUACUACUCCAAAGGAAUUAUUUACUGGACAGACGUCAGUGAAGAGUCUAUCAAACAAACUGUUUAUAAUCACAGCGGGAGCUUGCAGAAUGUCAUCAUAUCUGGGUUGGUUUCUCCAGACGGUCUGGCUUGUGACUGGAUUGGCAAAAAACUAUACUGGACAGACUCCGAAACCAACAGAAUAGAAGUUGCCAACCUCAAUGGGACGUACAGAAAAGUCCUCUUUUGGCAAGAUCUCGAUCAACCAAGAGCCAUAGCUCUCGAUCCUGCACAUGGGUACAUGUACUGGACAGAUUGGGGAGAAACCCCACGGAUUGAGCGUGCUGGAAUGGAUGGGGGCAGCCGUAAAAUUAUCGUCGAUAGCAAUAUUUAUUGGCCCAAUGGGCUAACUAUUGACCUGGAAGAGCUAAAGCUGUACUGGGCAGAUGCCAAACUGAGUUUCAUUCACAGAGCCAAUCUGGAUGGUUCUUACAGGCAAAAGGUGGUUGAAGGAAGCCUCACGCAUCCGUUUGCUCUGACGGUGGCGGGUGACACCCUAUACUGGACGGACUGGCAGACUCGCUCCAUCCAUGCCUGCAAUAAACACAGCGGAGAUAAAGGCAGAGAAAUCCUCAGCUCGCUCUACUCUCCCAUGGACAUACAAGUGUUCAGCCAGGAGCGCCAGCCGCAUUUCUAUUCACCAUGUGAUGAUGAUAAUGGCGGCUGCUCCCACCUUUGCCUUUUGUCCCCACGAGAACCUUUUUACGCCUGUGCUUGUCCCACUGGAGUGCAGCUGACUCAGGAUGGCAAAACUUGCAAGACAGGUGCUGAUGAUGUCCUUCUGUUGGCACGGAGGACAGACCUGAGGAGGAUCUCCUUAGACAUGCCAGACUUCACUGAUAUUGUCCUUCAGAUAGACGAUAUCAAGCAUGCCAUCGCUAUAGACUACGACCCAGUGGGAAACUACAUCUAUUGGACGGAUGAUGAAGUCAGGGCUAUUCGACGUGCCUUCCUGGACGGCUCAGGAGCACAAACAUUGGUGACUACAGAGAUCAAGCAUCCAGAUGGAAUAGCAGUGGAUUGGGUGGCUGGUAAUCUGUACUGGACGGACACUGGGACAGAUCGUAUUGAGGUUACGAGGUUAAAUGGCACAUCUCGGAAGAUUUUGAUAUCUGAAAACCUGGAUGAACCAAGGGCCAUAGUGUUGAACCCACUGUCUGGAUACAUGUAUUGGACAGAUUGGGGAGAAAACCCUAAGAUUGAAUCUGCUUACUUGGAUGGUACAGAAAGGACAGUUCUCGUAAACUCUUCCUUAGGCUGGCCUAAUGGUCUUGCCUUGGACCUACAGGAGGGUAAACUCUACUGGGGGGAUGCCAAGACGGACAAGAUUGAGGUUAUCAAUGUUGACGGCACCAUGAGGAAAACCCUUCUAGAAGAUAAGCUUCCCCAUAUAUUUGGGUUUACGCUACUUGGAGAUUACAUUUAUUGGACUGACUGGCAGAGACGAAGCAUUGAAAGGGUUCACAAAGUGAGGGCAAGUCGAGAAAUCAUCAUAGACCAACUGCCGGAUCUAAUGGGGCUUAAAGCUGCCAGCGUAACCAAUACAUUUGGUACCAAUCCAUGCGCCGACAAUAAUGGUGGCUGCAGCCAUCUGUGCUUCUUUACCCCUCGAGGUGUGCAGUGCUCGUGCCCUAUGGGGCUGGAGUUACUCAGUGACCUGAGGACAUGCAUCAUCCCUGAAGCCUUCUUAGUUUUCACAAGCAGAGCCACAAUUCACAGGAUCUCCUUGGAAACGAACAAUAACGGUGUGACAAUCCCGCUCACCGGGGUCAAAGAGGCGUCUGCCCUGGACUUCGAUGUGUCUGAUAACAGAAUCUAUUGGACGGACAUCACCUUAAAGACAAUAAGCAGAGCUUUUUUAAAUGGCAGCUCGGUAGAGCAUGUGAUUGAGUUUGGCUUAGAUUACCCAGAAGGCAUGGCAGUAGACUGGAUGGGGAAGAACAUUUAUUGGGCAGACACUGGAACCAAUCGGAUUGAGGUGGCACGUCUGGAUGGGCUAUUCAGACAAGUUUUAAUCUGGAAAGAUUUGGACAACCCUAGGUCUUUGGCUCUGGACCCUGCUAAAGGCUAUAUGUAUUGGACAGAAUGGGGAGGGAAGCCCCGGAUUGUCCGAGCUCAUAUGGAUGGAGCCAACAGCAACACGUUGAUUGACAAACUGGGCCGUGCCAAUGACUUAACCAUUGACUAUGCAGACCAAAGACUGUACUGGACUGAUUUGGAUACAAACAUGAUUCAGUCCUCCAACAUGCUAGGUCAGGAUCGGGUAAUCAUUGCUGAUGAUCUUCCUCAUCCCUUUGGCCUGACGCAGUACAGCGACUUCAUCUACUGGACAGACUGGAACGUGCGCAGCAUCGAAAGAGCAGAUAAAGUCACCGGAAAGAACCGCACCCUGAUCCAGGGUCAUCUGGACUUCGUGAUGGACAUCCUUGUCUUCCACUCCUCUCGGCAGGAUGGCGUGAAUGACUGCGUGCAGAACAAUGGACACUGCAGCCAGCUAUGCCUCGCUGUGCCCAACGGAUACAGAUGUAGCUGCUCCUCUCAUUAUACCCUGGAUGCCAACAACCGCAACUGCAGCUUGCCAUCCAGUUUCCUGCUGUUUAGCCAGAAGACCGCCAUCAAUCGGAUGGUAUUAGAUGAGCAGCAGAGUCCGGACCUCAUACUUCCUAUCCAUGGUCUGAGAAACGUCAAGGCGAUCGGAUACGAUCCUCUAGAUAAACUCAUCUACUGGGUAGAUGGACGGCAGAACGUCAUCAAACGAGCAAAAGAUGACGGCAGUCAGUCUUUUGUGGUCGUGUCAAAUCCAAACCAAAGCCAAACCCAAGAAAGACAGCCCCAUGACUUCAGCAUAGACAUAUACAGCCACAGCCUGUACUGGACCUGCGAGGCUACCAACACCAUCAAUAUCCACAAGCUGACCGGGGAAACAGUCGGUGUUGUCCUGCGUGGUGACCACGACAAACCGAGGGCCAUCGCUGUGAAUGCAGAGCGAGGGUAUAUGUACUUCACAAACUUACAGGAGCGGUCCCCGAAGAUUGAGCGGGCAGCGUUAGACGGGACGGAGCGGGAAGUGCUCUUCACCAUGGGGCUGAUUCGACCGGUGGCCUUGGUUGUCGACAACAAAUUAGGAAAACUCUUCUGGGUGGAUGCAGAUUUGAAACGUAUAGAGAGCAGUGACCUGUCCGGAGCCAAUCGAAUCAUUUUGGAAGACUCCAAUAUCCUGCAGCCCAUGGGAAUCACAGUACUUGGGGAUCACCUAUACUGGAUUGAUCGACAGCAACAGAUGAUUGAGAGAGUUGACAAGACAAAUGGAUUGAGAAGAACAAGAAUUCAAGGUCGCAUUGCCCACCCCACCGGUAUCCACGCGGUGGAGGCUGUUGACCUGAAUGAGUUUGCGGCUAACCCAUGUUCUCGGGAUAAUGGUGGUUGCUCCCAUAUUUGUAUUGCCAAAGGAGAUGGUACCUCUAGAUGUUCCUGCCCUGUCCACCUGGUCCUUUUACAGGAUCUCUUAACAUGUGGAGAGCCCCCAACGUGUCCCCCAGACCAUUUCACCUGCGCUACGGGAGAAAUCGACUGCAUUCCCUUAUCUUGGCGAUGUGACGGCUUCUUUGAGUGUGAAGACCAGAGCGAUGAGAAGAACUGCCCGGUUUGCUCUGCCAGCCAGUUCCAGUGUGCGAAAGGCCAGUGCAUCGACGCUCACCUGAAGUGCAACGGAAAUGCUGACUGCCAGGACAAGUCCGACGAAACUGGAUGUGACUCAAACUGCCUGCCCAACUAUAUCGCUUGUGCCGAUGGUCAGUGUAUCUUGGCCAGUCAAAGAUGUGAUUCCUUCCCAAACUGCAAUGAUGGCUCUGACGAGCUCCUAUGUGACACGGCUCCGGCUCCAUUAGACGACGGAGCGUCUCACAGCAGUGCCAUUGUGCCUGUGAUUAGCAUUAUCCUGUCGGGGUGUAUUGUGGCAGUAGUGUACUUCGUAUGCCAAAGGUUUGUGUGUCAGAGAUAUACGGGACCAAAUGGACCUUUCCCACACGAAUACAUCAGCGGAACCCCUCACGUGCCUCUCAACUUUCUAACAACUAGAAGUUCCCAGUCUGGCACUUACACGGGUAUUUCGUGUGGAAAGCCGAUGAUCAGCUCAAUGAGUAUCAUGGGAGGCAGCAGCGGAGUCCCGCUCUAUGACAGGAACCAUGUAACCGGAGCCUCUUCCAGCAGCUCCUCCAGCACCAAGGCCACACUCUACCCUCAGAUCUUGAACCCCCCUCCAUCACCAGCAACAGAUCGUUCCUUAUACAAUACGGAAGUCUUCUACUCCUCCAACAGUCCGUCCACUACCAGAUCUUACAGACCCUAUUUCACAAGAGGGAUUGCUCCACCAACAACGCCAUGUAGCACUGACGUGUGCGACAGCGACUACACAACAAGCAGAUGGAAAGCGAAUAAAUACUACAUGGAUUUAAAUUCAGAUUCGGACCCUUACCCACCUCCUCCGACGCCCAGAAGUCAGUACAUGUCGGCAGAGGAGAGCUGCCCCCCGUCUCCUACAACAGAACGGAGUUACUCCCACCUGUAUCCACCACCACCCUCCCCAUGCACGGACUCAUCAUGACCCUCAAAGAAGGAACCCUUCUCCCGUAACUGUAAAUAAUUUUAAAUAUGAACAAAAGAACAAAUAUAUAUAAAUAUAUUUUAUGAUUUUAAAGAUAAACAAGAUCUUUUUUUCUAAAAAAAAGAAAAGAAAAAAAAACUGAAAGAAAAAAAACAAACAAACACCAAAUCGAAAAGAAA